AUGGUAGUACAUCGUAGUAAAAAUGAAGUAGAAAUUAGUAAGUUAGAUAAUGAGCUUGAAAAUGAUUUAUCAUUAGAAGAUUUAGAGUUCAAUAGAUAUGAUGAAGAAUUAUCAAAUUAUGAAAAUGUUUGA